UACAUGUUUUUCCCACAACAAAAACCUUGUAAUAUGUCUUCCAUCAUGGCUGAUUCUUCUUCAUCUUUAGUUGCUGUUGCAUUGUUUCUAUCUUUGUUCUUUUGUGCUAAUGCUACUGCUAAAUUUGAUCAGCUGUUUCAGCCUUACUGGGCUCCUGAUCAUUUCUCGUUUGAUGGUGAUGCCGUCAACAUGAAGCUAGAUAACUUCUCUGGAGCUGGAUUUUCAUCAAAGUCAAAGUAUAUGUUCGGAAAAGUCAACAUUCAGAUCAAGCUUGUUGAAGGCGAUUCCGCGGGAACUGUAACUGCAUUCUACAUGUCAUCUGACGGUCCAAAACACCACGAGUUUGAUUUCGAAUUCCUGGGGAACACUACCGGCGAGCCUUACGUUGUGCAGACAAAUGUGUACGUGAAUGGUGUGGGUAACAGGGAACAGAGGCUGAACCUGUGGUUUGACCCAACAAAGGACUUCCAUACUUACUCUAUUCUAUGGAACCAGCGUCAAGUUGUGUUUUUGGUUGAUGAGACACCAAUUAGAGUGCACACUAAUUUGGAACACAAAGGUAUUCCAUUCCCUAAAGACCAAGCAAUGGGUGUUUACAGCUCGAUUUGGAAUGCGGACGACUGGGCCACACAAGGGGGCCGGGUCAAGACUGACUGGACCCAUGCCCCCUUUGUGGCGUCGUACCGCGCAUUCGAAAUAGACGGGUGCGAGUGUCCCGUGACAACUGCGGAUUCCGAUAAUGCAAAGCGAUGUGCCAACAGCGGUGGUUGGUGGGAUCAACCGGUGUUGUCUGAGUUAAAUGUGCAUCAAAGCCACCAGUUGAUUUGGGUGCGGGCAAACCAUAUGAUUUAUGACUACUGCAGUGACACUGGUCGGUUUCCAUCGGUUCCAGCGGAAUGCGAACACCAUCGUCAUUAGUCGGUUGUUUGUGAUGGAUUGAGAAUCAAAUGUUUGUGUAAAAAUUAAUUAAAAGGCAUGUGGAAAAACAACAUAAGCUUCAUGUUGAACAUUUGGUUAAUGUAUGAUAAUUCUAGUUUUAGUUACUGUUCAUUUAUAUUAUUGUUCCUUUCAUA